AUGCCCGACCUCCAGCUCUCCAACGCGGAACUCGCCGACGAAAUUGAAGCUAUAAACGCAAUAUAUGACCCGGAGACCAUAACAAUAUCAAAAACAUCUACGUCUUGCGGCACCUCAACGUUAGACUUAGGGGCCUCAAGCUCGAGCGCUCCGACGACAGGAGAGACAGUCAUCAAACUCCAAGUACCAAACCACACGCAUUUGUCCUUCCUUCUUGCCUUUGAAUCCGACUAUCCGGACACACCGCCGAAGAUUUUGGGGACCGCAUCUACGGCCGCUCGUGGGGAAGGGAAAAUUGCCGUCGAUGUUCUCAAGGAUAUACUAGGACGGAUGUACCAGCCUGGUGCUGUGUGUCUUUUCGACGUUAUUAAUGAGGCAAUAGAGGCAUUUGAAGAACCGAGGAUUGGAGGAGGUACAAAUGACACGAGUGCAAGCACGACGGACGCAAAAACCAUCACGGAGGACCCAUCUUUCGACGCUUUGGAAAAUAUAAACGCAAACAUGAGCUCCCUCGCUCUCCACGAGACCUUUGGACUUUCUGAACCUCCGCCCUGGGUUAUGUCGGAGGUGAUUACUGAGAAGAAAUCCGUGUUCGUGGGACGCGCAGCGCACGUUACGAGUUUGGAUCAGGCAAAGGCGUAUUUAGAUUAUCUACUUGCGAGUGAUAAAAAGGUUGCGUCUGCGACGCAUAAUAUCAGUGCGUGGCGGAUCAAGCAGCAGAGCAAGCCGCCUGGGAACUCCAACUCUAAAGAAGGAGGAAAAGGAUCAUCAACCGAGAUGAUAAUACAAGACAGCGACGAUGACGGAGAGACGGCUGCGGGCGGGCGACUGCUCCAUCUCAUGCAGCUGAUGGAUGUGUGGGACGUUGUUGUCGUUGUGACGAGAUGGUAUGGUGGUAUUCUGUUGGGGCCAGAUCGCUUUCGGAUUAUCAAUGCUGCUGGCAGGGAUGCGUUGGUUAAGGGUGGGUUUGCGAGGGAUAAGGAGAAUCAAGCUGGUGAGAAGGGAAAGAAGAAGGGGAAGAAAUAA